GUAGCCGACAAGCCUCGCUCCAAAAGAACACUAGUUCACCGUUGAGAAAAAAUCCCCAUAAAGGAGAAAAAGUUUGAUCGUCAUGGCCAAAGAUCAGUCAAUCUCCGUGUCAGAAGCCGUACACAAGAUUCAACUCCACCUGCUCGACGGUAUCCAAGGCGAGAAACAACUGUUCUGCUCCGGUUCCUUAAUUUCCCGAAGCGACUACGAGGAUGUCGUAACCGAGAGGUCGAUUUCCAACACCUGCGGUUAUCCUCUCUGCCCAAACCCCUUACCUUCCGAACCCCUUCGAAGAGGCCGUUAUCGAAUCUCUUUGAAAGAACACAGAGUUUACGAUUUACAAGAAACCAGCAGGUUUUGCUCCUCCGAUUGCCUGAUCAAUAGUAGAGCUUUCUCUGGGAGUUUACAAGAAGAGAGGUGUUCCGCUUUGAAUCAUGCGAAACUUAAUGCGAUUUUGAAUUUGUUUGAUGACGUGGAUUUGGGCGAGAAGGUUUUGGGGAAGAAUGGGGAUUUAGGGUUUUCCAAUUUGAGGAUUAAAGAGAAUGAGGAAACAAAAGCCGGGGAAGUUUCAUCUGUGGGUCCUUCCAAUGCUAUUGAAGGCUAUGUCCCACAAAGAGAAUUGGUUUCUAAGCCUUCACCUUCAAAGAGCACCAAAAAUGGAGUGUUUGAUUCUAGUAGCUCCAAGAUUGGUAAUAGCAAAGGAGAUUCUGUUUUUAAUAAUGAGAUAGAAUUCACUAGUACUAUAAUUAUGAACAAUGAAUAUACCAUUUCUAAGAAUCCUGGCAGUCAUAGACAGGGUCAAAGAAUGAAGCCUAGCAGCACGAAUAAUGUUAUUAAUGGGAUGGACUUUACUAGUGAAAUAAUCAUGAAUGAUGAAUAUACUGUUUCCAAGACACCCCCAGGGUCAAGACAGGGUUGUUCAGGUUUAAAAUUGAAAGAAGUGGAACGAGGAGGAGUUUGUAAAUACUUUGAGGAAAAAUGUAUGAUAUCAGAAUCCUCGUCUCCUUUGAGGGAAAAAGAUUCUAGCAUUGUAGAACUGUCUUCGACUAGUUGUGUCUAUCAGAGUGAUUUGGGCAUAAUUGGUACUGAAGCAGAGAAGGAAACCUGUGCUGACAAGUCUGUGGCAUCAAGUGAGGUUGUGCUUAAGUCCUCCCUUAAAUCUGCCGGACGAAAGAAACUUAAUCGCUCAGUUACUUGGGCUGAUGAUAAAAAUGUUGGCAAUGCUCAGAAAGACAAUCUUUGUGAAGUUAAAGAAAUGGAUACUCAGAAAGGAGAUUCUGAAAUGUGUGGCAGAGCAGAAGAUGGUGAUGAUGAUAAAAUGUUACGAUUUGCAUCUGCGGAAGCUUGUGCUGUGGCAUUGAGCAAGGCGGCAGCAGCUGUGGCAUCUGGAGAUUCCGAUGCCAAUGAUGCUGUUUCUGAAGCUGGGCUUAUCAUAUUGCCAUUUCCUAUUGAGGCGGACAAGGAGGAGAGAGGGAGGAAUGUUGAUACACUUGAACCAGAAGCAGAAUCUGAACCAGAAGGCGGCCCUGUAAAGUGGCCAGCAAAACCUGGGAUUCCACGCUCUGAUUUUUUUGACCCAGAAGACUCUUGGUUUGAUGCUCCACCAGAGGGUUUCAGUUUAACCCUGUCAACUUUUGCAACGAUGUGGAACGCACUUUUUGAAUGGAUAACAUCGUCUUCUUUAGCUUAUAUAUAUGGGAGAGAUGAAACUUUCCAUGAAGAGUACCUCUCUGUUAAUGGGAGGGAGUAUCCGCAGAAGAUUGUCUUACGAGAUGGUCGUUCUUCUGAAAUUAAAGAAACUCUUGCUGGCUGUAUUUCUCGUGCUUUGCCUGCUAUUGUAACUGCUCUCAGACUGCCUAUACCUAUAUCUACUUUGGAGCAAGGAAUGGGGCGCCUGCUAGAAACAAUGUCAUUUGUGGAAGCACUUCCAGCAUUCAGAAUGAAACAGUGGCAAGUAAUUGUUCUUCUAUUUAUUGAUGCUCUUUCUGUAUGUAGAAUACCUGCCCUCACUCCGCACUUGACUAAUGGGAGGAUGCUUCUUCACAAGGUGCUGGAUGGUGCCCAGAUUAGUAUGGAAGAGUAUGAGGUUAUGAAAGAUCUCAUAAUACCACUUGGCCGAGCACCUGACUUCUCUGCUCAGAGUGGUGCUUGACGUUAGAUUGAAGUCAGUUCUUGGUUUUGCUUGGAGCGAUGGAACCUAACAAAUUUGGCUGAAUUGUGAAGCUUAAACGAGAACUUUCACUUGAGUUGGGUUGGAUACAAAGCCUCAUUACCAAUUCAGGCUGAUAUUUAAUCGAAUGUUGGCACGUGUGUGUUUGUUUGUUCGUUCAGGAUGUUGCGUAUAAUUCCACCUUGAUUGGAUUCAAUUUAGAGGAGACCCAUGAUUUACCACCUUGGUUUUUCAAGAUAAAUAGAUGCUGUUAUGGUAUUAGGAAGCAACAUAUAAAGGUUAUGUUCUGUAAGAGGUUU